AUGAAGAUUGGAUUGUCUCUUCUCAUUCUGCUACUGGUCGUCUGCUGCGCGGAUGCGGGCCUUCGGGACUUGGGAAAGAAAGUUAAGGACAAAAUAAAAGAAGGAAUCAAAAAUACCAUCGACAAGAUUAAGACGUCGUUGAACCUCACCGACAUCCGUCGUAUUCACGAAAAAUUCGUCAAAGCAGGAGAGAAGUUCGUCAAGAAACUACCUCUCUCAGACGAAAAUAAAGAGAAGUUGGAAAAGCUCCUGAAGAAAAUAGUUCGCGUCCGCCUGGAUCACGUCAAUCCGGAAGGCGAUGACAUAGAGCAGGUGAACGAGAACGCUGGUAUCGGAGAAGUGCUGUACCAAGGGGACAUGGUUCUGACGGAUGAGCAAGCCGAUGAAAUCCUCAGUGAGGAUUCGGGACCAAAUCGCGCAAAACGACAGGCGUUCCGCAACAGUCACUACCCGAAAACAAUCUGGUCGGAUGGCGUUUACUACUAUUUUCACCCGACUGCAAGUAAUAUGGUACGAAGUGUGUUCAAGAAAGCAGCAGCCCUGUGGAGUGCUGAAACUUGCAUUGACUUCCACGAGGACGUGAUAGGAAUGAGGCCACACAGGAUCAAGGUCUUCAAAGACGUCGGUUGUUGGUCCAUGGUCGGCAAACUCAACCGCGUUCAAGAACUUUCGCUGGGGAAAGGAUGUGAAACGAUCGCAACAGCGCAACACGAAAUCGGUCACUCGCUUGGAUUCUACCACGAACAAGCCAGGCACGAUCGCGAUGAGAACAUCAUAGUAAACUACGACCACAUACAGCACAGGAAUCGGGACCAGUUCAAGAAGCAAAGCACACACACAAACGACAACUACGGACUACCUUACGAUUACGGAAGCACGAUGCAGUACGGAACCCACAGCGGUUCGAUGGACGGUGAGCCUACCAUGGUUCCUCGUGUCCCAUUAUAUUCAGAAACCUUGGGGUCACCUUUCCUUGGCUUCUACGACAAACUCAUGAUGAAUAUACAUUACGGAUGUCUUGGUCAGUUCCAUGCUAGGAAUAUGAUGGGUGGGUUCCCGAAUCCCAGGGACUGCUCACGAUGCGUUUGCCCCAGUGGAUACGGAGGAAAACUUUGUGAUGAACGGCCUGAAGGAUGUGGAAAAGAAUUGACCGCUAGAAGAGACCCUCAGAUUCUUGAGGGCGAAAUUGGCGAACGCAGUGCAGGAGAAAGGGAAAGGGAAGACAUGACCAUGUGCACUUUUUGGCUGAAGGCACCGCCAGGAUCAAAAAUCGAAGUCAAGAUCGCAAAAUUGACGCCUGGUUUCACGGUUGAUGGAUGCAGACUUUGGGGUGUGGAGAUUAAUACUCAGCAGGAUCAACGCCUUUCUGGCCAUAGAUUCUGCGCUCCCGAAGAUGCCGGAGUGAAGCUGGUGUCGCACUCAAACAUCGUUCCAAUAAUAGUUUUUAACAGAAAAUUUGUAACUAAAUACAAAUUGGAGUAUCGUCUGGAAGCAGUUUUAAGUUUCGAUUUCUUUUGCAUGAAUUUGGAUCAGUGCUGUGGCCAACCUACGAGUCUUGACCUCGUCAAUAUGACCGCACUACACCGGAUUGCCGGAUGUCCGGAUAACCAAGAAGGCGAUCACAUGAAUUCAGAGUUCGAAUAUGAACAGCAAGGAGGAAUCCCACUAGAUUACGCGGGAACUCACUCCCUAUUUAAAGCUGAUGUUUUGAGUGCGCUGGUCUUCUCACGACAGGCUCUGAAGAAGACGAUUUCGACGAAUCUUAGACCAGUAAUAAAGGAUUGUAACAAUCCUACGUCCGGUUCAAGAAGAAGAACAAGAAGAAAGAAAAAAAGAAAGAAAAAGAACCUUUACCGGAUCAUCGUCAUCGUACCGAUGUUUAUUGAAAGUUACACUUGGAGCAUGGAAAUCGUUUAUUUCUGGAGAACCAACAGAGAAAAACUUUCUCGUCUCUUAGGAGAAGCGUUGGUCACGCAGAAUUAUACUGAAAUUCAGAAUAGGACAAUGUUCGAGUGCGACUCCAAAGUGACGCCAGCAUCUUCGGGAGCGCAGAAUCUGAAACGGGGGAUUGGGCAGGAUGGGAAUUUCUCUCCAAUACCGAAUACGGUUUUCCAUUUCGGGAUCCGCUGUAAUGCAAUAAUAAGUUCCCAAAUACGAACGCGAACACAAACUUCGUGCAUCCGUAAAUCGAUACCUGGUCGAUCCGUACUGCAUAGUGCUUCCGUAAUCAUAUUGCGGCUAGAAUUUCUCGUUGAAAAAAAAUUUCUGGAUGAGGCUGGUAGGGUGCUAUCUGAACUUACCACUACAUUAUCUGAAUUAAAUACAAUGUAG